AUGCACGUCGUCCCAAGGUUUGGUCAAGCGCGGGCGGCUAUAAAAAGGAUCCCUCCCAAGCGCCCUAACGCAGUUGCCGCCCCAAUUCAUCAUCCCCCCAUCUUAUCCCCAGACCUCCCCCGUGUCCCCCUGGUGGCAAUCUUUCAUGCUGUAUCUAUUUCCAGCUGUAGCGCAGUACCUCGCUUGAUCAACGUUCCAACCGACCUGUACCAGGCUGUUGUUGCCGACGGUUCAGUGCAGAUUCACACGCGAGCAGUGGACGCUUCCAUCCUUCCAACAUUCGAGAAGAGGUCUGAGAGCGAAGACGAUCAACAAACCACCCGCUGCUCAGGCUGUCUCCUUUCAAGAAUUGUGUUAUUAGACACGUUGGACUCCUGGGUACUGAACCAUCUGCUUUGCUCUCUUGGCUUUCGUGUGCAAUUGUGUGUGUUGACAACCAACACUGCUGACACCAACACAGUUCUCCACUUCAGGGACUUGGAACAUCGAACACCCCCCGUUCGUCCAACGAAACCAACACCGACCAUGGCGAUGCCUCGGCCAGGUGACAACUUCCAAGGGGAACAGGUAUUUUGGUCUCCCUCCGGGCCGGCUCCAGCCUUCUAUUAUCCUCACAACGAGCCCUCUUCGUGCCGGUCGUCUCAGAACUUUAGUAACAGUCCUCCCGUCCAGCCCUUUGCCGACGCCCAGUUCGACAUCUUCGAGUGGCAUCCCUACUUCCAGUCCUGUUUGCGAUACUUUCUCGACCACGCCCAGUACGAAGGUCCGAUCCAGGCCCUCGCCGCCUUUGUCAACAUCCAGCUGCCCUUUCAGAGAUCCACAAAUCCCGUCUUGUCCUCGCGGGCCAAUUCCCCUUCGGGUGGUGGCCCUGGAUUAGCUGCCGGGUUUGGCGCACAGGGCUCGUCGGGUCGAGCAGCCGGUGUUGGACCGGGGAUGGCUGGGCCCGGGGGGGCAGGUCUGUUAGGGGGAUUCCCAUCCCACAUCUCGCUGCUGCCGUAUAUCCGCCGACUGGUAGCGACCGGGUUCGACUUUCCGGCCGUGCUCCAUGGGUUCUUUGGGGACGACUGGCAGAGAGGGAUAGGGCAGUUCCACGAGCAGGAGAGGAGGAAUUAUCUGUUUGCGACAAAGAGCAACAGCUGGCUGGAUGUCAAGGCGGCGUAUGACAUGGGGGCAGAGGAGACGAUACCAUUUUUGAAGCCGUUGCAAAACACGACGGAGAAGGAGAUUCAGGCGGCCGAGGCGGCGUGGAGCGAGUGGUUGGCCAUGCAGGAUUGGUGA